UCUUGUGAAGCUGCUCUCCUCGCGUCAGCUAACAACAACUGUACCACAAUGUCCAAACCGAAGUUUCAAACGGAGUGGGAGGAAAUUGACGAGGAAUAUCAACAAUUACAGGCGGCUAACGAGCAGCUAAAGGAAACUCACAAAAUAUACAGACAGAAACUUGAGGAGCUCACCAAUCUUCAGACAACAUGCAGCAGUAACAUCAGUAAACAGAGAAAAUGCCUAAAAGACUUGACGCACAGCUUGACCAAGUGUUCACAAAAAUGUGACGAGAAAGAAUUGAAACUAAUAACGGAUAUCAAGUCCCAAAUCAAGGAAAAAGGAAAUGUGUUUUUUGAUAUGGAAGCAUACUUGCCAAAGAGAAACGGGCUGUACCUGAAUCUAGUCCUCGGCAAUGUGAACGUCACACUUCUCAACGACCAGGCAAAAUUUGCCUAUAAAGACGAGUAUGAGAAGUUCAAGCUUUACAUGACGAUAAUUCUGUUGUUUGGAGCCAUAACCUGCCUCUUCGUUCUCAACUAUCGAGUCACUGAUGAAAUCUUCAACUUUCUGUUGGUGUGGUACUACUGCACGUUGACCAUAAGGGAAAGCGUCCUCAUGAGCAAUGGCUCCAGGAUCAAAGGUUGGUGGGUGUCUCACCAUUACGUAUCCACCUUUCUGUCAGGUGUGAUGCUCACCUGGCCAGAGGGGCCCAUGUAUCAGAUGUUCCGGAGCCAGUUCCUCGCUUUCUCCAUCUAUCAGAGCUUCGUUCAGUUCCUCCAGUAUUACUACCAGAGCGGCUGCUUGUACAGGCUGCGAACUCUGGGGGAGAGAAAUCAGCUGGACCUCACUGUGGAGGGAUUUCAGUCCUGGAUGUGGAGAGGCCUCACGUUUCUUUUGCCAUUCCUCUUUUUCGGUCAUUUUUGGCAGCUCUACAACUCGGUGACCCUGUUUCGCUUGGGAAGACGUCAGGACUGUAAGGAGUGGCAAGUAUUUAUGCUGGCUCUGACAUUUCUCGUCCUCUUCCUGGGGAACGUUCUCACCACUUUAAAAGUCGUCCACCAAAAGAUUCAGAAAAACCAGGAAAAAAGCCUCAAAAAUGACUGAGGCAAAAAGCUCCUCCGGUCCUUACAAACGGCCAGUAAUUUUGAAGCAGCAUGCACAUUGGCUUAAUGGACCGACCAAUUGGAGGCCGGAAGAAGACUGAAAACCACUCUUUCUCUCCGGCUUCGACAGCAGCAGCAGCAUCCAGCCAACGUGUCUGGCCCCACGGGCUUCUGCUUUCUAAUGACUGCACUGCCGCUCAGUGAGUCCCAACACAAAGUGGUGUUCCACACGUAGACAAGCGGUCUGUCGCGUUGACCCUGUACAUAAAAAGUGAGCAGGGCAAACGUGGUUUUUAUUUGGGUGUUUGUGUCAGCGCAUUAAUCCAUCGAAGCCUUUUGUUCAAAUCAUAUGCAACUAAAAGCGAGCCGGUAGCGUCAAUCAACCGAACAGAAUACUGUUUGCCUUUCGAAGACCGAACCAAACGGUCUCUGGACAAAAUUGGACACGAUCAACUUGGCACUUCAUUUCUAGGUCUGUAAUGUUUCAUGUGUAGUUUUGAACUCUGUUGUGCUAUUUCACUGCUAACAAGUGUUUUUGUUUUUUUACAAGACUUGUAUGUCGACAACUUUAACCUGAUACUUGACUGCCUCUCAAUUUCAAAAAACAAAAAAAAUCUCCUGGUGUCUUUUUGUCCUCAAAUAAUUACGGACUUCAAGGGAAUGCAACACCGUUCCUCCCAUCUGGCAGCGGUUGCAAAAGCCAUAACUUUAUUGUUUUGUACAAUCUAAUGCCUAAACUGGGUUAUUUUGCUGAGUCACAGGAACACAGACACAAAGGUGUUUAUAAAAAACGUUGUUCCCAGUGAGGAUUAAGGAGGGUUUUCAUGUGAACUAACUUACAUGUUCUCACUCACUAAUUGUAAAGUCUAUGUUUAUCUGUUUCAUGAGGUCUCACUCUUUCAAGUUUAUUACACACUUUAUCACAAAGCCAUGCUCAGAGAUUGUUCAUUGUUUUUAUGCUGAAACAAAGAACGUGCUUGUUAUGUGACGCUGCACAAAAGUAUCAAACGCUGCUAUUGGUGCUGGCAACGAUGAGUUGGGUUAUUGUCUUUCUAAUUCCAAUUAACAGACUAAAUUAAUAUUUGUAGGAAUUUCCUUAUGGCCAAACCUGAAGCAUUUGCCCUAGUUGACAGUCGUGGCAUCCGGUUCCUGUCUCGCGCUUGCUUAAAAGUCAUCAGUGUCAGAUCUCUAAUGCCUUUAUUGUUCCUCCAGCCUGUCACAGCAACGUCUCAUUUAUUAAAAAGACUAGGGUUUCGUUGUCAUUUCCCAGAAAGUAAUCAUGGUGACGUGAAUCACAAUGUUUUAUGUACCACUUUUAUUUAGGGGAAGGUUACAGACCAAAAUGUUACAUGUAAUGCAAAAGCUGCCAGAACGCACAAAACAACUUGAUUUCCUCAUUUGUACGAUGUAUCUGAUGAGCAAUGUGUUCAUGUCUAAGGCUGUGAAUGAUGCCUGAGUGGGUCAGUAACAAGAGACGGUUUCUCAAUCUGUGUACAUUGUUGUAAAAAAAAUAAUUAAUAAUUAAACACCUAAUUAAAUGUG